UUUGUCAGUUAAUAAUUUAAUAAAUGAAGAAAUAGAUACUCGUCUCUUCAUUUAGCGAAUGGAUUUUCCACGAUGAAAGACACAUACUUAGUGGCCAUUUUAGUGGUCACAUUGGGUAUUGCCCUCAAUAGAUCACUAGCUGAUAUUCCAACACAAUGUCCCGAGACCAAUCCACGGAAUGAGACAGUAUUUAUACCCCAUGAAAGUGACUGUACAAAAUUCUACAGUUGUCACAUGGGAAUAAAAGGGGAGCCAAUGGGCUGCCCUCUCAUGGAUGAGAAUGGUAAUAAAUUGCACUUCAAUCCCGAACUUCAAGUAUGCGAUUGGCCCUGGAGUGCAGGAUGUCAGACAUCUUCAUCGACUUCGAUAACUUCAUCAAGUAUUCCGACAUCAAUAAUUACACCAAAUACUACGACUUCUCCGACAUCGACGACUCCGACACCGAGUUCUUCAACAUCGAUAACUUCGACACCUAGUUCUCCAAUGCCCACGACCCCAAUACCGAGUUCUCCGACGCCGACAACGCCGACGACCUCGACACCGAGCUCUCCAAUACCGACGACUCCGACACUGAGUUCUUCAACAUCGACAACUCCGACACCGAGUUCUCCAACGCCGACAACCUCAACACCGAGUUAUCCGACGCCGACAACGCCGACAACUCCGACACCGAGUUCUUCAACACCGACAACUCCGACAUCGAGUUCUCCAACGCCGACGACCUCAACAUCGAGUUCUCUGACGCCGACAACGUCGACGACCUCGACACCGAGCUCUCCAACACCGACGACUCCGACAUCGAGUUCUCCAACGCCGACGACCUCAACAUCGAGUUCUCCAACGCCGACAACGUCGACGACCUCGACACCGAGCUUUCCAACACCGACGACUCCGACAUCGAGUUCUCCAACGCCGACGACCUCAACAUCGAGUUCUCCAACGCCGACAACCCCGGCACUGAAUUAUUCGACUCCAUCGGAUUCUUGCAUAUCUGAUGACAGAGAACACAUGCUUCCCCAUGAAACUAUGUGCGAUCAUUACUAUUCGUGUUUUAAUGGCCGGAUAAGUCCCACCCUUCAGAAAUGCGACCGCAACUUAUUGUUUAAUUCGCUACUUCGUGUAUGUGAUUAUCCAGAAAACGUAAACUGUAAGAACUCUCCGCCGAACAUGGAUAUAUCGAAUCCAGCACCGAUUUCGCCGCCGUUUAAUUCCUCAUUACCAACAAAAUCAAAUCCAGUUGCUUGGAUUUGCGAACCAAAUGGCAAGCACUACAAAAUUCCUCAUGAAAUUAAAUGCGAUUACUAUUAUUGGUGUGUCAAUGGUAUAAAAGGUACAGAUUCGGUAAGAUGCGAAAGCAACUUAUUAUUCAAUCCAGUGGUCGGUGAAUGUGAUUAUUGGGAAAACGUAGACUGUGAUAGAAGAAUUACUUCGUCACCUGAUACUACAGUUCCUCGUCCAACUCCAACGACUCCAACGACUACGACUUCAACGACUACAACACCAACGACUACGACUCCAAUGACUACGACACCUACGACUCCAACGACUACAACUCCAACAACUUUGACUACAACGACUCCAACUCCAACGACUACAACAUCUCCGACUACAACGACUUCGUCACCUGAUACUACAGUUCCUUGUCCAACCUCAACUCCAACAACUCCGACUCCAACGACUCCAACAACUCCAACGACUACAACAUCUCCGACUACAACGACUUCGUCACCUGAUACUACAGUUCCUUGUCCAACCUCAACUCCAACAACUCCGACUCCAACGACUCCAACAACUCCAACGACUACAACAUCUCCGACUACAACGACUUCGUCACCUGAUACUACAGUUCCUUGUCCAACCUCAACUCCAACGACUUCAACAGAAACGACUACAAAAGAAAUAACGAAUACCCCAAUAGAAACCACAACAACAAAAAAUUCCAAUGAACCCCGUGAGCAAUGUCCUUCAAGGGGAUCAAUGGAAAAAGCGCGGAUUGCUCAUCCAUGUCUAUGCAACCGAUAUUAUGACUGUAUAGAUGGUGAAAAGAUAUUACAAACAUGUCCGAUCGGCAAGCAUUUUGAUUACGUGAAAGAGAUUUGCGAUUGGGUCUCAGUAGUAAAAUGUAUUCGACCGAUUCCGACCUUUAAUAUUUUAAUCUCCGACAUUAUAAUUGAUGACUAUAAUACUACAUGCGCUCCAGAAGGCAGAGAAUUUCAACACGACACCGAUUGUUCUGCCUAUUAUUCAUGCUCCAACGGUGAAAAAAUUUUAAGACAAUGUAUGGAGGGACUCCAUUUCAAUAUGACCAUCCAAACAUGCGACUAUCCGCAAAAGAGUUGCGAUCUGAACAAAUCCUCGCCAAGAAUCAAUCUGGAUAUUUGCCCUCCUCCAAAUUCCAUACAGAAAGUAUUUUUGCCUCACGAAUGUGAAUGCACACAAUAUUAUGAAUGCACUGAUGGAAAGAAAUUUCUUCGAUUUUGUCCGAAUCGUCUACAUUUUGAUCCCGUUUGGCAAAUUUGUAACGAUCCGAUUGAGGCCAAAUGUGUUGCUGAUACAAUUUCGACAACGUCUACUUCAAUAUUUACAACAUCAUCAACUACGAAAGCUAUCGAUGAACCCCGCACAAUGUGUCCUCCUAAGGGAUCAACUGAAACAUUACGACUUCCUCAUCCAUGUCUAUGCAAUCAGUAUUACGAGUGCGUGGAAGGCGACAAGGUAUUACGAACAUGCCCAAUUGACAUGUACUUUAAUGACGCAACAGAGAUUUGCGAUUGGAGCACCAAAGUGAACUGCAUCUCGCAAUUUCCAUCUCAUGACAUCCAAAUUAACGACUACAAUAUUAACAAUAAAUGUUCUCCAAACGGUAGAGCAUUUAAUCAUGAAGAUAGUUGCACCGAGUAUUAUUUAUGUUCUGAAGGUGAAAAAGUUUUACAACACUGCUUAGAAGGACUUCAUUUCAAUGUUAGUAUACAAAUGUGCGAUUAUCCGCAAAAGAAAUGUGAUCUAAAUACAUCUGGGCCUCAACCUAUACCGACAGUCACCUUAGAGGUUUGUCCUCCCACAGGUUCCGUACAACAAGUACUGUUGCCUCACGAGUGCGAUUGCACGCAAUAUUAUGAGUGUAUUGACGGAAAACAGAUUCUUCGAGAUUGUUCGGAUGGUCUAUAUUAUGAUUACGUUCGUCAGAUUUGCAAUGUGCCGAUUGAAGCUAAAUGCAAUGCUUUCACAACAACGAUUCCUGAAAGCUCGUUUCCUACCGUCCCUGAUUCAAGUAAAUGUUACGACGAAAAUAAUGAAAUACCUCAUGAAAACGAUUGCAGGUUUUACUACAAGUGCAACAACGGUGAGAAGAUCUUGAAGACAUGUCCUAGAAAUUUAUACUUUAAUCCAAAGCUUCGAGUAUGCGAUUAUCCGGAGAACGUCGCUUGCAACGUUGAAAGAAAUAUGCCCAAUACAUCAACAUCAACCAAGUGCGAAACAAUAACAGAAACCACCAAUAUUCCUCAUGAGAACGAAUGUAAUUUGUAUUAUGUCUGCGAGAAUGGCGUUAGCAUACUUAAAAAAUGCUCUCCAAACCUCGUUUUUAAUCCUAUUCUGAAAGUUUGCGAUUUCCCAGAGAAUUAUAUCUGCAAUGUAACUCGCGACAAGAAUAUUAAAAAGAUUGAUGAAUUAGUUCAAAAUCUCGAUCCAUCUACUUGUAUUGGUAUUUGUCCAGAAGAAGACCCUCAUUAUGCAGUGUUACUUCCAAACGACGAUUGCAAGAAAUUCUGUAUGUGUAGCGGUGGCGUAGCAUGGGUUCAAUUAUGUCCUGAGCCUCUCUAUUUUGAUUCUGUUGACAAAAUCUGUAAGAAAAAAAAAGAUGCCGUUUGUGGGAUACGCUCAUACAAUCAAGAUAGCUCUUUCAAGAUUGAUAAAACGGUUGAUAAUGAUAAUUCGUUGCAAUUUCUAACCGAUGAAAACGACGACGACAAACGUGAAACAUAUUCGAGAGACAGAUCUCUCGAUCCAUCUUCUUGUAUCGGUACUUGUCCAGAAGAAGAUCCUGAUUUUGCAGUGCUACUCCCGAACGAUGACUGCAAAAAGUUCUGUUUGUGUAGCGGUGGCGUGGCAUGGGUUCAACCAUGUCCUGACCCUCUCUAUUUUGAUUCUGUUCAAAAGGUCUGUAAGAAAAAGAAGGAUGCCGUUUGUGGGGUACGUUCGUACAAUCAAGAUAGCGUCUUCAUGAUUGAUAAAACGGUCGACAAUGACAAUUCGAUGAAAACUCUGACCACUGAAAAUAACAAACACGAAAAGUAUGAUAAUCUCGAUCCAUCUACUUGUAUCGGUACUUGUCCAGAAGAAGAUCCUGAUUUUGCAGUGCUACUCCCGAACGAUGACUGCAAGAAGUUCUGUUUGUGUAGUGGUGGCGUGGCAUGGGUUCAACCAUGUCCUGACCCUCUCUAUUUUGAUUCUGUUCAGAAAAUUUGCAAACGGAAGAAGGAUGCCGUUUGUGGAGUUCGUCUAUUUAAUGAAGAUCGUGUCUUUAUGGUGAAUGAGAAAUGAUAAUAAAAAAUGAAUCCAUGGCACCUUCAAGCAAGGAACAUGAUGACGGACACAGAACAAACAUUUUAGUCGAAGUUUUACUUUAGUUUAAUUUUUAUUG